AAACACGAAAAUAUAUCACAAUAUAUGAUGGUUGAAAUAUAGCAAUAAAAUACAGAAUUCCAAAAUAGAAGAGACGCACAGUUUACGACUUGGUGAACCAGAUCACGUUGGGCUCACCAGUGAAGACGUCACAGGUAUUCGGAGUCUGGCAAUGAUUUAACCAGUAACACCUAGUAUGAAUCGUAUCUACCAAGUAGAAUCAAAAGACAGAAGCGAGGAGGUUAGAAGACAUAUUUGAUAUGCUAUCAAUAUAUCGAGAAUCCACUGAUCUAAUCUGCUAGCCAGAUUGAAGGGGUUGUUGGGCACGGCGUUCCCACUCGUGAUCUGGUGCGGAUGCAUGAACGAGCGCCUUCAGGUAGGCGAGUCCAUUAGAACUAAUGUGGUCAGCAUCCAAUGUCGAAGAUUUACAGAGCUAUUGAUUAGGGGUUUAUUUACCGCUACACUAUUGUAGUUAUUCGACAAGGCUUAUGGGACGAUGUUGAAAAUUUGGCGCCUAUCUACAAUAUCUGGACAUAAGGGAGAAAAAAUCAACUGGUCCAAAUCGGCUCUUUACGAAUAUAUUGAAUAUUGUGGUGUUUCCGAAGUGUAACAUUACAAAUUUAUUCGUUACCUGUUUUUGGUAUGGCACUUCGACUUGCUUCACGUAGACUGAGUCCAAUAAUCUCCUCAAUACGUCAUAGGAAAAUCGGGUCAGCCACUAAAUAUGUCCCUUUGUUUGAAACGGUUCAUAUGCCGGAGACUAAGGUGACUACUUUGGGAAGUAACGGUUUUCGGAUAGCUUCUGAGAACUGGAAUACUCCUACAUGCACGGUUGGCGUUUGGGUGGACGUUGGUAGUCGAUAUGAGACAGAAUCUAAUAAUGGUGUGGCUCAUUUCCUUGAGCACAUGGCUUUUAAGGGGACUGAAAAGAGGAGUCAACAGUCUUUAGAACUUGAAGUGGAAAACAAAGGUGCGCAUUUAAAUGCAUACACAUCUCGUGAGAUGACGGUGUAUUAUGCGAAAUGUUUUGUUGAGGAUCUACCUUGGGCGGUUGAAUUAUUAUCGGAUAUAUUAAAGAACAGCAAGUUUGAGAAUAGUCAGGUCGAACGUGAAAGAGGGGUCAUUUUACGGGAAAUGGAGGAAAUUGAGAGUAAUUACCAGGAGGUCGUCUUUGAUUACCUGCAUGCAACUGCUUAUCAAGGGACACCUCUUGGGAGAACGAUUCUUGGACCUGUAGAAAAUGUCAAAUCUUUGAGAGCCAGUGAUAUGAAGAAUUUUAUCAAACAGAACUAUAAAGCACCACGAAUGGUGCUCAGCGCUGCAGGAGGAGUCGAGCAUAAGCAACUAUGCGACCUCGCGGAGAAACAUUUUGGCGAUCUCCAGGCAUCUUAUCAGGAAGGCGAAGGGGUACCAAGCAUACAACGCUGUCGUUUUACAGGCUCUGAGAUUCGUGACAGAGACGAUGCUAUGCCAGUAGCUCAUGCUGCGAUAGCGUUCGAGGGUCCCGGUUGGCAAAGUUCAGACACAUUAGCACUGAUGGUUGCAAGCAGUCUGCAUGGUGCUUGGGAUAGAAGUUAUGGGGGAGGAUUUAAUGUUGCCAGCAAGCUGGCCUCCAAGUUUUUUAUGGAAAAUUCGGUACACAGUUUCCAGCAUUUCUUUACUUGCUACCAUGAUACUUCUUUAUGGGGAGUUUACUUAACAGCAGAAAAGAUGGGUUUGGGUGAAUCUGUUGGAGAAUUCCUUAAAGAAUUUGUCCGUAUGUGUACUCAGGUUACUCAGCAUGAAAUCGACAGAGCGAAGAACCAAUUGAAAACACAUCUCCUUUUGCAGUUAGAUGGCACUACACCUAUUUGUGAAGAAAUUGGUCGGCACAUGUUGGUGUAUGGUCGUCGUAUACCUAUAACUGAAUUGCUAGCCAGAAUUGACGCGCUCAAUGCUGAACAUGUUAGGGAAACAUGCAUGAAGUACUUCUUUGAUAAAUGCCCUGCUGUCGCGUCCAUCGGUCCAGUGGAAACCAUGCUUGACUACAAUCGUAUUCGGGAUAAAACUUGGUGGCUUCUUCUAUAAAGAAAUUGUUGAUGUUUAAAAUAUCAAGUUUUAUUAAUGUCACUGCUUACAGCCUAAUACUUACAUAGUUCUGUGAUUUCUAUUGUACGGUAUUAUCUUGUGUUUAUGUAGCAAUAUUCGUUUUUUCCUAGAGCGGAUUAUUUCGAGGCUUAGUUAUACUGAUAUAUUUAAACUGUGUUUUGUGUGUAUAUCUGUCCCCAAAAAUCAGUCGUACUGUGAUACCACGAAAUGACUAAUAAACGUUGGAAAUUUUAAUCUAGUACUUCAGGUGCUAAACUCCUGGUGGAGUAAUAAAAGUUGGCACAGUGGAAAGCAUGUAGAAUUAUUUACUUAGUUAUAAAAUACAUAGUUUCCGAGAGUACAGUCGAACAGUAAAUAUGUAGUCAUAACGUUUAGCAUAAUACUGAUACUACUAAGAGUAGAUUCUGAAGUCAAAGGUUCAGUGAACAGAGACAAUAUUAGGUAUAUUUUUAUUUACUGCACUAAUGUUGGAUUCGGGUUUUUGUUAUUUCAGAAACCCGUACAUUUUCAGAUCUAUAAAAUUCCAAAUGUUAAAGUCGAACAAUCUAAAGUAUGUGGUUUUAAUGCAGUUGAAUAAAGAAUUAGGUUAAAUACUACAGAACAGCUAAAAUGAACAACUGUGUUUGUUAACUCUAGGUAGUCGAACGUUUCUAACUGAAGUUCAUUUGCAAACUUAAUAAGUUUAAGUAAUUAUAGACCAUUUAAAAAUAAGCAAUUAUGAGCUCUAAAAGUUACUUUCUUAACCGUCAUCACUGUUUUUGUGCUCACAGUAUAACAGUCAAUUAUAUUUCCUUCUAUCCCCUCACUGUUUAAAAGAACAACUUCCUCUCCGAAUUCAGGAUGUAGGAUGUUUCUGACAGAGAUUGUAAGAACGCAGUCUUUUUGGGGCAUUAACUAUAGGUAAAAGAGGCAUCGGUUUCAUCUAAAAGGAAGUCUUCAUUAUUGCCACUUCUCGUGACGUAUACCCGCUCACAUUUUUCUGUGUCAAGCAUGAUCAUGUGAUUAAAUACCCAUCAACAAAAACCCCACUGUAGAAAUUACGAAAUCUGACAGUUAUAAUUAUUAAGAUAAAAACAAUAGCUGUAUCUAACAUCAAGUGCCUUAUUUCACAAUAUGGUUAUAAAGGUGUCGCUGUGGUCAUCAUAUUUUCCCAAAACUGUUGCGAAAAGAUACAUCAGAUUCAAGUUAAUUGUCAAAAUAUUUUUAUUCUGCAGUUACAGAACUUGGGAGUUCCUCAGAAGAAAUUAGGUAAAACUCUAACGUUACCUGGUAAAUUUCGGCAACAAGCAGUGUUUCAAAUAAAUGUACGAACAGUUGCUCGAUAGUCUAUUCAGUGAGAGGUCAACCGGUUUGCGUUUAAUGACCCAUUCAUACCCCUCUAAGAUGUUAGGUUGAAGCAGUAAGGGGAUAUUUAGCAGUCGUCUUCGACGGGCAGUCAUUGUAAUGUAAAUCCAACUAUGUAUACCUUUUUGUAACUCCUGUGUGAAGUACUUCAUUUUCUCAUCGGCAAUAGUUGUUCCAUAGGAAAUUGCUAACGAUGGUGCAAUGAUAUAGUCGGUAACGACACAUGAUGAGUAUCCUCAGGCUAAAGUUGAGGUUGGACGACUAUUUCAGUACUUUUAGUGAGCAGCUGUUAUGUGUUUAAAUGAAGGGAUUAUUUAUGUACAUUUUAGUAGUGAUCACUUCAGAGACAGGGUCAUUUGACAAAGUAAUAUUGAAUUCGGCAUACACUUAUGGCGUGUUGACUUGGUUACAGAUAAUACUAACUAGUUAAUAAUAACGUUACUAUAUUUCAUCAAUCGGGAAACAAAUGAGUACAACAGUUGUUCUAUUGAAUGAAUGCUAGUCACUGUUGUUUUUCGUACAUAACGAAUCGGGAUUUUAGGUGUUGUGACAUUUUUUCAAAUACGAUCAAUGGUUUACAAUAUAUCACUUCAUAUUUUAAAUCGUAAAACAAACGGCGUGGAGUUGAGCAACGAGAUUACAUAAUUUAUAUAAAGUAUUUGAUUUGUCACAUCCCAGUUUAUGAAUGUAACACAAUUUGUUUUUAAAUCAUACCAAUAGUAUGUCAUACCACUUGCUAAAACUUUCUUCUUUAACUAGUAAUCGAUUCACCGUGCUAUUUGGAAACUGAUACAACAGUAAGCUUGAAUAGCAAAAAUGAUUCGGCAAUUUACUCAAAAAAUUUUCAAUAAUUUUGUUCUCAUUUUAAUUCGACUACAGUAUUGUUUUUUAUGCUUAUUGAAGCACUGAUAUCUUGUUUGUUUAUUGAGUAAACGGUCUGAUAUUUACAAAUCGAAUUCUAUGGUCGCUUGUAAGUUAGUUUGGGAGUUAGUUUACUGUCUAUCUACCGUUUCUCCAUAAUACUUAUUGUAAAUUUCUAAUGGAAAUCUACAGAUUGUGAGAUGACUGUAAGAAUAUAUGUAUACUAAUCAAGUUGAAAGACGGUGACCAUGUAAUAAGUUAACUGAAUUUGAUAAGUGACAGGUUACAGUGUCUAACCCAAAAGUUAAUGUGGUUAUCACAAGAGAGAAGUUUUGUAUUCUAUCCCAACAAAGGAUCUGUAGUAAGGACUUUUAUAGAGUUCCAAAUCAAGUCAAAAUAACUUGAGAGUAUCAUCAGGUUUGUUAAAGGAAUAUUAUCAGAUGUAAAAUAUGGAACACGGAAACAAAACAUCUGAUGACUUGUUUACGAAAAAAGAAUGGGUGUUACUUUUAAUUGGAGGUAAAGUGUUUCGAUAAAUUCACUAAAAGUUUAAGCACCUCAGAACAGGUUAAAAAAUAAACUCACAUAUGUAAUGAUUCACAUUAAUAAUGGCAAGAAUGCUUGCUUCAAAAAUCAUAUUAGCAUAAUGGGAUUCAUUAGCUAGGUAAAGGUUUAUGUACUUUGUCCUCAGCCACGCUUUACGUGAGGGGCACUGGCAAUAUAUUACUACCCAAAGCGAGUAACAUGAAGUUCGUAUCUACUAACGAUUACUUGAAAUCUAGGUACUGUAAAGAACAAGCCGCUACCUUAUGGAAUAUAGAAGGUAGAGUUCUUCAUCUCUUUAGUUCUAUUCCCAACAGAAAUAUUAUUUUAGAAUUGGAAAGCUUAAAAACUUGAGGAUUGUUUGAAGUAGUAGAGCUAGUUGUAACCGAUCUUUUUAGCACUUUAUUUAUCGUCACACUAAGGAAGUUACUAUUUAUGCCGUCUAAGAUAAGUCACUUGCAAAUAGAAAGACACACUAAAAGUUAUUGAUAGUUAUCACUACUUUUGUUACGUGGUGAGGGAGAGUUUGUGUUUCUAUUUUUCCAAAAAUAUUUUCUGUACUAAGGCCGUUAAUACUUAUCGAAUAUAUGAUGGACUUCUCUAGAAAAAUUUAUGUAAUUGGAGAUACUUGAAAAGGUAGUAAGUGGUAUAUUAUUAUAAUUACAGCGAAUACGAUUACUGCACUAAAAGCCGAGAAAAUGAAAACAGCCUGUUUCCUCGUUUGUUUAGGACUGCAAUCGAUCAAUCUCUUAUUGGCAUAUAUGCAUCCUGUUUGGAUUACCU